UAGAGAGUAAUCUAGAGUUGGCCUUACUAGGAGGAGGCCAUGAUGUGGGCCACUUGUUGAAGAAAGUGGCCCGGGUGAGCCAAACGUGGGUUACCCAACGAUAAAGAGCUUGAAACAAUGGAUUCUAAGGUGGCCAAGAUGUGUGGCCCUGCGAGGAGGUUGAGGUGGCCAAGACGUGUGGCCCUGCGAGGAGGUAGUGGCCAAGCCAUGUGGCUCUGCGUGGAGGACGUGACCAAGGCAUGUGGCCCUGUGUGGAGGAGGUGGCCAAGACGUGUGGCCCGGGGUAGAGGCGGGGGAGGGGGGAAAGGUGACCGGGUGGGUGCGCAGCGCAGUAAUGGCAGUCGCGAGGAGACACCCGCAGCUGUCGGAGCAACACCGUCGCCGCCUCCGCAGUUCCGCAGACGUUGCCGCACAGCGCAAACGCGCACACGCAGCGCACGCACCUGAACUCUUUCGUUCACAUUCACUCGCACGCACUGCGCACGCACCUGUAAUUAAUCGCGCAGCUCACUCGGGUCCAUAGGCACAGCGUUCCGCUAAUCCUUCUGCUUACUGUGCCUGCUGUGCUUAAUGUGCCUGCUGCUGUUGCUGCUGCUGCUUGUGCUUCACAGUGAGGUGUGGAACAGCAACCAUCCUGGGCUCCUGCUGCUGCUGCUGCUGUUGUUGCCGCUGCUGCUGCUGCUGUUCCCACCACUAACACUACUACAAUACACGGUGCUGCUGCCGCUGCUGUUCCCACUGCUGGCUAUCACUUCUGCUACUCUGCAUGCUGCUGUUACUGCUGCUGUGCCCACCUCAGCCUAACCCUCAAAUUUAUACUAGCACAGCAUCCAUUCACAGCUCCUGCUGCUUUGCCAACCUCUGCCUCAUCUGCUAAUCUGCUGUUCCUACUGUUAUAUUAGAAGAGUGUCAUGCUGUAGAAUCUACAGAAACCUGUGGAGUUUUCAGACAUUCCUUGUAGUGGCUUGGCGUGGUGUUGUCCGGACGCCUCCUGACAUUGGGAGUCACUAGACAGGUUUUUAGUGUCCAAUUGUAAAUGUGAUUUAGUUUUUUCUUUCUAUACUCUGUAUCGUCCAGUGUGCGUGUCUGUCUAGAUAAAAAAAAAACAGAAAUGUAAUUAUAUCUUUGUACUGACUGUUAUAAACUGUGGUGGUUUCCAAUUAAAAGUAACAGAUGUCGAGCAAGUGCACACUCUACAUACGCAUUUGCUCGGGUGUUAUAUGCAAAUGCACAGUGACUUUCCCUCUUUGAAUCACUUGAGCAGAUCUGUAUGCGUCUGUAGAGAAGAGAGUGUCGGACAUACCGCAGACUGCGUAUGACGUGGUACAAGACUGUACGUCAGGAUUUACUGUGUAAUGUCGCAACUGGACAAAGAAUAAUAGUCUUAUGCACACGCUUAUCCCCUUUGAAGACAACUCACCAUAGCACUAUCGUCAGAAAAGUCAAAUAAUCAUAAUUAAAUAUGUAUAAAUUAUUUGCUCUCAGCGUCGAAAUAAGAACGCAAAUCGGAGAAUAAGACUAGCAGAUCGAUACAGAAAAAAGUGGUGAAACAUAAAUAAAUCUCUAGCUGCCAACCUCGCCACAGGAUCCCAACAGGAAAGGUGAGAAAAGUGGGCGUGUUAAGCGGCUCCUGCCGAUAUGAGGGGGUGGUGCUAACAUCACCGCGCCUGGGAGGGGAGAGGAGGAGGAGGAGGAGUCCUGGGGAAGGCAGAGGAGGAGUCCUGGGGAAGGAGGAGGAGGAGGAGGAGGAGGAGGCGGUGGUGGUGGUGGUGGUGGAGGAGGAAGCAGGAGGAGAUUUCUCGAAGAUUGGGGGACCCAGAAGGAGGAGGAAGGGAAGGCCGGGUCACUCGUCUGACUCACUCAUCACUUAUCCUUCACUGGUUCUGACGUCCGUUUUGAGGACGUCAUUAACGAGAAUUUCUCCAACGGAGACGCUAAAGAGGUACUAUGUUAAGUGAGGUGACCGUAGCUGUGUGAGCGCCUCGGGCUGUUGUCAUUGCUGGGCGUAAUUGGUAGUUUGCCGGGCUGAUUGUGGGACUUUUACCGGUGAAAUCCAGGAAGUAGAAUAUUCUAAUGCCCCCGUAUUUCUGUCGUGGUGAGACAGGGAGGGAUAUUAGCCAGAUUUUUUGCCUUCUCGGGUGUUCGGACAACAUGACAGUGGCCAUGGCUUCCUCUAAGGCGGAAGUGCAUGAGAGGGACUUGGUGAUGCGUACGAAGCGCGGGUCGCCGACGGACGAUAGGGAUUCGGACACGAGUGUCAGGAUUCCACAAGUGAAUAACUGGAAAGAUGAUCAAGCUCCACAAGCAGCAGUAGCGACGGACGAAGAGAGCGAUGCUGGGAAGAGCAGCUGCAGGAGGAAUUCAGCUUCGAUGAUGUACGCUGAACCCACAGACUUGAGCGUGAAAAAGCACAACCCCACUAGCAACCCUACAAACAACAACAACAGCCAUCACACCAACAACAAUCACCUGGAGAUGCAGAUCCCCAGUCCGAGGUUGAGUCUCAGCUCCAUCGGCAGUAAUAAUAACAAUAGCCAAAGCAACAACCCACUUCAUCCCUCCCAACGCCGAACCAGCAGCCAAUUUUCCCCUCCGCCUUCCGUUAAGAGUUCCUUUUCCAUUACUAACUUGCUCAGACCUCCGCCAAAAACCAAAGAACUGCCCGAAGACCUCAGCAGGGCUGGGAGGAACAGCGUGCUGCCUCUACACGAAGUCUCUGUAGCGCCCCAGCCCAUCGAACCACCACAGUCUGAGGCUAAACAUCCGGCCGUGAAGAGGAAGAUCGAAGAGGUGGAGCAGGAGAUUGAUGUGGAGGAAGAAGAAGGUGAGGAGAAAGACUGCGACGCUGAGGAAGAGGAGGACGAGGAGGACGUCGGAGGAGAUAUGGGAAUCAGCGAGACACUUCUCAACGAUGAGUCCAAAGGCUGCCCGUCGCCCUCUUCGCCAGACGGUUGUCUGAAGAUGAAGAAGCAACGGAAGGCGCGGACGGCGUUCUCCGACAACCAGCUGCAGACGCUGGAGAAGAGUUUUGAACGUCAGAAGUACCUGAGUGUGCAGGAUCGCAUGGAACUGGCAGCCAAGCUCAACCUUACGGACACCCAGGUCAAGACUUGGUACCAGAACAGACGGACUAAGUGGAAGAGGCAGACAGCCGUGGGACUUGAGCUGUUGGCUGAGGGCGGGUAUGGGCGGCUGAUGGGCGGGUACUGGCCCUACACGACGCCGCCUGGGAUUCCUGCACCCGCCCAUCCUACCGCCCAUCUCUCCGCUGUGGGCGCCCUCUCCUCCAUGGCCGCCCUCUCCUCCUCCAUGGAUCUAUACUACCGCCAUCUGCGGCGGGCGGCGGGGGGGGGCGCUGCCCGGGAGCUUUUACCCAUGGCGGCCGCCCCACGCCCACACUCUUCCCCUCCCCGGGGUUGUCCUCCACCACCUCUCCGCCCACCCUCGUCACGCCCAGGGUCCUCUACCCGCCCACGCCCACGCAGGCCGCCCUCGCCCACUAUUUUAAGCAGUGAUGGAAACUUAAAUGAAUCCUCCUCCAUCGGUGGUGAAAGCUGCUACAAAGGCUUCCUUUGCGCCAGUGACUAA